UGGAGCUGAGUAUCUAAUCCGGAGCAGUUUUCGCAAUGAAGUUAACUAUCGUUCUUUUGGCCCUUGUUGGCCUAGUGGCCGCCGCUAGCGUUUCUUCGAUCAAGAAGGCUCCCGUAGCCGAUCAUGUUUUCUUGGAGAAACAAAAGUUCCUCUUCGAAAUCGUUUACCGUGUGGAGGAUCCACUGAUGUUCGAGGAGUACAUCAAGUUGGGCAACACUUUGGUCUACGACAAGGCACUUUACACCCACUUCGAUCAAUAUAUGGAGAAAUUCUAUGAGUCCUACAAAAUGGGCGCUCUAUUGCCUAGAGGUGAAUUCUUUGGUGCCCUUGUUAAGACUCACCACAAACAAGCUUACGGUCUAUUCAACUUCUUUUACUACGCCAAGGAUUGGGAAACCUUCCAAGCCAACGUGGCAUGGGCUCGCGUCCAUGUCAACGAAGGCAUGUUCAUCUAUGCUCUGACUUUGGCUGUCAUCCACCGUGAUGACUUCAAGGGUCUAGUACUACCAUCCAUCUACGAAAUCUUCCCACAAUAUUUCCUCAACAGCAAACUCAUAUAUCAAGCUGAGAAAUUCGAUUACAACACCUGGAGCAAAUACAGUCAAUACGAGAAGGAAUUGCUCGACGUCUACCACAAGACCAACCGCUACUACAACCAGGGUUAUUUCUAUAUAAAGGACUUCAAGACAUACCAAUGGUGGAGACUUAUGGGUUUGGACGAGCAGUGGUACGCAGCCGAGAAGAGCUGGUACGCAGCCGAGAAGAGCUUCCCUCUACGUGAAAACACUUACGAAAUUGUUUCUGAUGAUAAAUAUGUGUCCUUCAUGAAUAAUAUCGACAUGUUCUGGCAUCCGGUUGAUUACACACGUGACAUUGACUACUACAACGAACACUCUGUAUUGUCAUACUUCACUGAAGAUUUAGGUUGGAACUCUUAUUGGUACUACUUGAACAUGGAUUACGCGUUCUUCUUGGAUGGCGAAACUUUCGGUUUGAAUAAGGAUCGUCGUGGUGAAUUGUGGUUGUACAAUGUUGACCAAAUUCUGAGCCGUUACUAUAUGGAACGUUUGUCUCAUGGUUUCGGUGAAAUUGACGAUUUCUCCUGGAAUCACGCUUACGAAUACGGAUAUGAUUCCGAAUUGAUUUCCUAUAACGGUGUUGGUUUCAGCACUCGCAGCAACUACUUCGAACGUAGAUCUUAUGGCAAAUACGACAUGUUGAACCAAAUUCAAAGCGCCUUCAAGCGUAUUUACGAUAUCAUCGAUUAUGGAUACUAUACCACCGCUGAUGGACACAAGAUCGAUAUGCGUAAACCCGAAUCUAUUGAGCUCAUCGGAAGUUACACUCAAUCAAAUAUCGAUACUUUCGAUAAAUUCUUCUUCAGCUAUUGGAAUAUGUUGAGUCAUAUGUACCUCGCUGAUGUAGACUACAACGACUUUGAGGUAUAUCCAAAUGUUUUCCUCAACUUCGAAACCAUGUUGCGUGAUCCAAUGUGGUACAGCUUCUACAAGAAAAUCACCGAUGUCUUCUAUCGUUUCAAAUACCACUUCACACCAUACACACAAGAAGAACUCGUUGCUCACGGAAUUCAAGUCAAGGAUGUCAGCGUUAGUGAAUUGGUCACCUACUUCGAUUUGGUUGAUAUUGAUGUUACCAACUUGUUAAACGACAAAAUGGUCUUCGAUGAUGGUAAAUUCGUAUGGGACAAAUCAUUAUACGCUCGUCAAAUGCGUCUCAAUCACAAGCCAUUCCACUAUGAUGUCACUGUCGACUCUGACAAGGCACAGAAGGUUGUUCUUCGCACAUUCUACGGUCCUAAAUACGACGAAUAUGGACGUAUUAUUUCGCUGAACGAUAAUCGCAUGAAUUUCAUUGAAUUGGAUGAAUUCGUCUAUGAAUUGGCCGCUGGCGAGAAUGUCAUCAAACGUUCAUCUGAGGAAUUCUACUGGACUGUUAAGGAUCGCACCACCUACACUGAAUUGUAUCACUAUGUGAUGGCUGCCUUCGACGGCAAAUACGAAUAUCCCGUGGAAAUUAGCGAAUCACACCGUGGAUUCCCAGAUCGUCUGCUCCUACCUAAGGGUUGGGAGAGUGGUCUACCGGUACAGUUCGUAUUUUACAUUACUCCAUAUGUUGGCUCUAUCGAACAACCCUCAAACAUUGAUGUCACCUACCUUUCUGACAUUGGCACGGGAUUACGUUACGUUGAUAACAAGCCAUUCGGCUAUCCAUUCGAUCGUCCCAUUGAUUUAUCUCAAUUCUUUGUGCCCAACAUUUACUUCAAGGAUGUGAGCAUCUACCACAAUGACACACUGAAGCAAUACUACGAGAACUACAAGAACUACGGCCACUUCGACUACAACUUUUACAACGAAUACUACACCAAAUACUUCAACUAAAUCGAGCUGGCUGUGGAAUAGAGAUAUAUGAGUAUCAUCAUGCUUUUUUAGUUAAUUGUUAGUCAAGCAAACAUAAAUGUAAUAAAAAUUAAUGCAAUCAAUUGCUACGGCGAUUAAAGUAUAAAUAAUAUCUUUCCAUUAUGGUAAUUGAAGCGAAAACCAACAGGACGGCGACAGAAGUCAGAUCCCACUACUAUUGGUACUUUUUUUAGUUGCGCAAAUCACUCAGAAGGCACCGGGUAGCCUUUCCACCUAAAGCCUAAUAUCUGGGUAGUAGUAUGUGCUGAGUGAUUUUUUCUCUUAAGAAUGCAGAUGCCUUAUUUUAUGGGGAAAAAGAACAAAUAGAUAAAGAAGUUCGGGUACGGGAAGUUAUACUUUACUUCACGGUGUCAAACAAGCUAUACUAUAAAAAAGGACGAAUUUUAGUAGAUUCGGAUAUAACUGUUUGAUAGAAAGUGGAUGUGAAACUUUCAUGUGCGAAAUCGGACCAUAACUUCUCAAGCCUUUAGUGCCUAUCAACUGAAAUGUCAAUCGCAAUAUACCUUUAAGGAAAUUCAGAAAAUAUUAUAUUCAGGUAAUAAUGUACGAUUGUGUCCAGUGGCGUAGCUACAACUUCGGGCGCCCGGGGCCAAGGAUGUUCUGCCGCCCCCCUUUAUCUACCUACAAGUUUCAUGAGGUGGUUCGAACAGAAGUGAAUUUUUACAAAAUAUCUUCGAUAUUAAGUAUAUAAAAUUUAGGAACUAGAAGCCAAGCAAAUUCUGAAGUUCCGAAAUUCUCACAAUACGGUUUUUGAGGAAAUUGAUAGUAAAUUUACAAGACAUCUUAUUAAAAGACAUAGAAAAAACCCAUUUUCGCCCUAUAUUUUGUACACUUUUGACACAAUUUCCAGAAAUUUUUGCCCGAAUUGGAGUUUUUAAAUAUCAUUUUUGAAAAUUUUGAGAAAUAAAAGUAUUUGUUACAUUCAAAGCAUAGGGUAACUGUGAGAGUGACACGUCGCUAGACAAAGCUAAAAAAGUGCAUCUUUAAAUUUUAUCACUAUUUUUAAGAAAGAUGUAAGCCAAAAGAUAUAAGACAAAUUCAAAGACUGAAGAGUAUUCGAGUAAAAAUUAAUAUUUUUCAUUGUUAUUCAGAUUAUUU